AAGCGCCGACGAGGGGGUCAUUAUAUUGCAAGCUGUCCCGACACCCGACUGCCGCAAUGGUGGCACAGACGCGUACCGCGAAUACGGCACAGAAGAAACUCACUUUCAAUGAGAAACUGGUCGGGAAGAACCUUGGCACCGAUGCGUUGCUCAAAAAACUCAAAGCCCUGCACACGGAACUCUCAGAACUCGACCAGGAGAUAGUCGACGUGCACUCGCUCUCCUCCGUUCGGACCCAGCUCAUAAACACCUCUCUUCUCCUUCAUAAGGAAAGGGGUGUCAAGGCUUACGUCGCAUGUUGUCUUGCUGAUAUUCUCCGACUCUAUGCGCCCGAUGCCCCUUAUACCGUAACCGAGCUCAGGGAUAUCUUCCAGUUCUUUUUCAGGCAGCUCUCAGCUGGCCUUAAGAGCACGGAGUCAACGUAUUAUAACGAGUACUUCCGCUUGCUCGAGUCCCUGUCGGUUGUGAAGAGUGUCGUUCUUGUCUGCGAUCUCCCCAAUGCCGAGGAGCUCAUGAUCGAAGUUUUCCGCGACUUCUUUGCCCUCGUACGGCGCGACCUUGCUAAGAAGAUCGAACUGUUUAUUGCAGAUAUACUCAUUGCACUCAUAGACGAAUGUCAGUCACUUCCAACCGAGGUCCUUGAAGUUAUCAUGGCGCAAUUCAUGGACAAGAACACUCGUAUGGAUCAGCCCGCUUACCGUCUUGCUGUUCAAAUCUGCAAUACAACUGCAGACAAACUUCAACGUCAUGUCUGUCAAUACUUUACCGACAUCAUCAUCACAAAUUCUCGGGACCUUCAGUCGGAAAGUGACUAUGAGGAAAUCCGUACCGCGCACGAACUCGUUAAACAACUUGCUCGAUCGUGUCCCUCACUCCUGCACAGCGUGAUUCCACAGUUAGAAGAGGAAUUGCGGACGCUUGGGGAGAUGUUUGGAGACAAAGGGGGAGCGGACCUUGUUCGAAAAUAUCCAUCAACUUGGAAUGUGUGGUUGAUGCGAAAGGGCGACAAAGCACCCCCCGUGCGUUUGAAACUUGUGGAAAGCGCAAAGGGCUUAGUCCUAAAUUUACCUGAGCAUCGAGAAACAAUAGAAGAUAUUUUGAGGCUCAAGCUGUUAGACCCGGACGACAAGGUCCGAGCCGCAGUGUGCAAAGUGUACUCGCAGCUUGACUAUGAAACGGCCCUUCAUCAUGUUUCUACUAGUCAAUUACGCGCUGUGGCUGGCCGUGGAAUGGAUAAGAAGCAUACUGUUCGUGUUGAGGCUUUAAAUGCUAUAGGGAAGCUUUAUGCUCUCGCCUAUCCUGAAAUUGAGAACGGUGAUCCCUCAGCGAUCGAACAUUUCUCUUGGAUCCCUAACCAGGUUUUUCAUAUUGCGAAUGUGACGCUUGAGAGCAAACCAGCGGCCGAACAAGUCAUAGCGGACUAUAUUUUUCCGUUACCGCCGUUGUCAAAUGUUGCGUCAACAUCGACAUCGAAAAAUAUCGAGGUCGACGAAACAGUAUGGACGGACAGGUUGUUGAAUGUCAUGCAAUAUCUAGAUGAUACUGCAAUCAAUGCCGUGUUGAGCAUGUCUGGGGUCAAAGUUAAUCGUCCCACAGCAUAUGAACACUUCUUACAGGCUUGCAUACAGAACAAUGGUGGCGUGAUCGACGAAAACGAGGAGGCUGUGAAACAGAAGCUAGUCAAUAUCAUUCGUCAUCUGUCCAGACAAUUUUCGGAUCCCCACAAAGUGACUGAGGACCUGCAAGCUUUUGCCAAAGCCAAUGAAAAUCGAUUAUACAAGCUUCUGAAGACAUGCAUGGACCUUCAGUCCGACCUCAAAAGUAUAGUGAAAGCAUCUAACGAGUUUUUACGACGGGUUGAACAAUCUCACGAAUCUAUUCUUUCUACAAUGUCUAUAUUCAUCCGCCGUUGCACCCUCCGUAUCCUUAACCAAUCAUCCAUCUCACCCCUCCUCAAACGCCUCCAAAAAUCUUCUUCAUCCUCCGUUGCUUCCCCGAUGACGAAGCACAUACAUCAACUUCUAACAUAUGUCUCGAAGCACUGUCCCGCGCUGUACAAGGCGCACAUGGGUGAACUGACUAAAGCGAUUGCCGAUGAAAAGAAUAUAAUGCUUGUGGAACUCGGUAUGCAAGCGUUAGCAGCCGUGGUACGAACAGACGAGUCUCUUACUUCGUUUGACAAGCGAACGAUGGAUCGCGUAACGAAGUAUGCAUUAGGUGAGAACCGCAGAGUGACAAAAUUUGCAUCGAGGCUGCUGGCUUCCUUGAAGGGGGGUGAUGAACAGUGCAUGCAAGUUAUAGAAUCUGUGGCGCAGAGACUCCCAGAUGCCGGGCCGGAGAUGCUGGUUGCGCAUACCACUCUACUUGUCCAGAUGGCCCGUUUUCGGUCGGAGGCCUUCGAACACAAAAGUGAUGACAUCAUGGCUUUUUUGGUCAAAAAGCUGCUGGUGGCACCGAGCCAGGCAGAUGAUGAAGAUAUGGAUGUGGAUAAUGACUGGGUAAACGACGAUGACGUCCCACCGAUCCUUCGAGCUCGGAUUCAAGCCUUGAAAGUCUGCCGAAAUCGCUGUCUUGCCCACGCGUCCAGUUCAAAUGCUAUUGACAUCGCUACGCCUGCUUUGAAGAUGUUCACGGCUCUAAUUCAGCAUUCUGGUUCAUUCAAGGUAGACGCCUCGGAUAGCCCAUCUGUCAAGUCACGCAUGCGAUUGCAAGCAGCCGUAUCGUUGUUGCAUUUAUCGGCCGUCGAGGCAUAUGCCACCGUGAUCAAUCCUCAUUUUGUCUGGCUAGCCAUCACUGUCCAAGACCCAUGUUACCACGUCCGAAUGAUUUUCCUCACGAAACUCAUAUCUCUACUUUCUCCACGCAAACUGCCGCCCCGCUUUAAUACAAUCCCGUUCCUCACAGUCCUGGAUCCUGAGGAUGAUGUUCGCAACAGGGCCACGGCAUACGUUUCAUUCGCAAACCGCACACUGCCACCAGCCGCGCGCGUUGAACACCUUGAAGUGAUCUUCAUACGCCUUCUUCACCUACUGGCACACCACCCCGAUUUUUCAAUUGCUCACGAAAAUUUGCAAGACAUGGCAAAAUACGUGGAGUUUUACCUCGAUCAGAUAAUAUCUUCCGAGAACAUUUCCCUUCUUUACCACCUCGCGAUGAAAGCCAAAACCGUCCGCGACGCCGAAUCACAUACAUACAGCGAGCAUCUAUAUGCAAUGAGCGAACUUGCACAGGAACUGAUCAAAGCGCGCGCGCAAGCCCGGUCGUGGGCGCUUCAGAGCUUCCCCGGAAAAGUGAAGCUUCCAUCAGAUAUAUUCCGUUCCCUUCCAAAUCCGGAAGCAGCCGUGAAGAUCCUAAAGACGGUGUAUCUCCCUCAGGAGACAAUUGAGUGGCUGGCUGAGGCCGCGAAGCCGCACAAGACAGCAGCCACCGCUGCAGCGAAGGAAAAACGGCGCGAGGCAAGGGAGGCGAGGGACGAGAAGUCGCCGCAAGGUGCCAAACGCAAAGCAUCUCGUCCGCGUGUGAACGGCGCAGCGAAACGUGCAAAGCCAUCGGCACGCUGGAUGAGUGAUCAGUCUGAGACUGCGGAAUCGUCGUCGGAUCCGGAAGACCAUUCCGAAGACGAGUCUCCGCAUUCUGAAAGGCAUUCAUCCCCGAAGACUUCAAAGUCCGGGCUGAGUGAGGACGAGGGGCAGGACAGCGACAAAGAAGGGGUCUCUGCAAACGAAGACACUUCUAAGGCCAGAAGAGCAGGUCGAAAAGCUCGGACGAGAGCAAAGGCAAAGAUCAGUCAACAGAUCAGAGGGGGCACGGUGCGAUCGAAGAAAUCCUAACCAAAUCCAUAACCCAGAAUCCAGCAGUCCAGCUAGUCGAUCCGUUUUAUGUGGCCCCGUCAGCUGCUUCCUGCAACAACCUUCGUUAUCCUCUCGUAGUCAUUCUCGGUUUUGUGUGUUUUCUUUCUUUCUUUUUUUUUUUUUGUUUCCCAAUCAGUUGUGUACUACGCCAUCCAAGUGUUCAUUAUCCAGAUACGGUCUGCCAUUAACCCCUUCCACGAGUACCCUUCAUUCCGAUGUUGAUACGCCAUCCUUGCUACUGUGCUACAUAUGUAUAUGUGUAUAUACCUUUCUUCUAUAUUGGUGGAAAGUCUUCACAACCGGAAGUGGUACAGUGAGACGAUUCAUAAUCGAAGACUAGGAUUUAUGGACGGCGUGCCAAAGCACAAGUGUAGAGAAAGCCUGCUACGAGGUGAAGAAUCUGUUACACGUGGGCCAAGCUCGCAGCAAGAGCAGGUAGAAGGUAUAGUAAGGUAUAGCAUGUAAGUAAGUACAGU